ACCGCUUGUCCAGUUGUCAGCUUUUUGUGUGUGGUGUUUUCGACGACAGGAUUGGCACGCUGAAAACUGGUUACAUUUGUCCUCAAAAAUGGCUGAUGCCGAUCUUGCUAAGGCACUGAAAGAUUUACCCAACCGGGUGCUAAAUGUGCCCGUCGAGGAACGUCCAGAGUUGUUUCGCAAUGUGAUCGACGUUUUACCAAAUCCGGGAAUAAACGCCACGAUUGUACGAGGAAUCUGUAAAGUGAUUGGAACAACCCUUACCAAAUACAAGGACCCAGAAUCACAGGCGCUCGUGCGGGAGCUGCUAGUGGCGGUGCUGAAGCAGCAUCCCGAUCUGACCUAUGAGCACUUCAAUGCCGUACUGAAAGCACUGCUCACGAAGGACCUCGCCGCGGCUCCACCGAUCAAAGGUGCCCAGGCGGCCGUCUUGGCGCUGGGAUGGGCAAAUCUGAUCGCUUCCAACGCUGACCACGAGUCGGCCGUUGGUAAGAAAGAGUUUCCCAAGCUGCUCGAAAUCCAAGCCGGCCUCUACCAGCUCUCGCUCACCUCGGGCAUACAGAAGAUAUCGGACAAGGCGUUCAGCUUUCUGCGCGAGUUUUUCUCACGCGACGAAGAACAGGCCCAGCGUUACUUUGACAAGCUGCUUACGCUCGAACCGUCGGCCGGCGUUAUUGUGAUGCUGUGUGCCAUUUUGCGCUUUUCACAGCAGGAGUACGAUUCGGUAGCGCUGCUCGAUCAGAACAAGGCCAAACUGCUGGACCACAUGGUGAAGGGACUGAUAACGGUAAAGACAAAACCACACGCGAGCGACAUUGGGGCGUGCUCGGUACUGCUGAAGGCGCUAACGAAGGAUGAGUUCCGGACGAUCAUCGUGCCCACCUUGCAGCGGUCGAUGCUGCGAUCGGCGGAAGUGAUUCUGCGCGCCGUCGGUGCAAUAGUGAACGAACUGGAGCUCGACAUCAGCGAUCAUGCGCACGAGCUCGGUAAACCGCUCGUGCAGAAUCUGGCCUCGAAGGAGGAAACGGUACGCCUCGAAGCGGUGGAAUCGUUGAAACAGGUCGCUCUCAAGUGUAGCACCACAAGCGCAAUCGAAGCGCUGCUCAAGGAAGUGUUUGCGGUGCUGAAUGGUUCCGGUGGGAAGAUUACCGUGGCCGAGCUAAGGAUAAACCUGUUGCAAGGCGCCGGUAAUUUGAGUUACAACAACAUCCCAUCGAAGCAAAUUCAGACUAUCCUCCCGGCGACCUGUGAAUACUUCACCAAGGUGCUGGAAUCGGAAAUCCAGGAGAAAGUCAUCUGCCAUGCGCUGGAAAUGUUUGGCCUCUGGACGGUAAACUACCAGGGUGAGAUCCCGCCGAAAGUGGUGCAACUGUUCAAGAAGGGUCUCGAUGCGAAGGCACAACCCAUCCGCACGAGCUACCUCCAGUGGUUCCUUUCCUGCCUUCGCCAUGGCAAGCUCCCGAGUGGGAACGAUUUCAGCACGACGCUUUCGAAAAUCGUCGAAAAGGCCGCCCAAAACCCGGCCCAAACGCCGCUCGUUACGGAAGGCGUCGGAGCGGCCUGCAUCCUGCUGCUAACGAAUCCCGCCGUCACCGAGAAGCUGAAAGACUUCUGGAACAUCGUUCUCGACAUGGGCAAGCAGAUAUUCCUCGGCGAGAAGUUUCUCGCGGCCACAAACGUCGAAACGCUCUGCUACGUGAUGGUGAUAUGCGAGCAGCUGCUUCUAAACCACCGGGAUGAGCUGAAGGGCGGUGGUGCGGAACCGUUGUUCCGGGCAGCGAUCGUAUGCAUGAUGUCGGCCCAUGCGAAGGUGCGCCGUUAUUGCCUACCGCUGGUACGGAAGAUGGUGAACAGCUCCGACGGGGUCACGUUGGCGAACAGUUUACUCAACGAACUGACCCGCUACGUGGAGACGGCAAAGAUUGCCGGCGAAGGCGAACCGCAGGAGGACGGUGUUACUCCAGGCCAGGGCCUUAUCGAUACCAUAUGGGCCAUUUGCAGCGUAGAAAACUUCACCAAUGCCGACGCUCAGUCGCUCGCACUCAGCGCGAUGCUGUGCACGCAUCAUCCGGCGGCCGUGUCGAUCAGCUCGAACCUCUGGGAGAAUAUUUUGGUGCAAUACAAACUAAACGGCAAGCAGUUUAUCGCCCUCAAUACGGCCCAGAUCGAAGAAACGUUCUUCAGCUCGUACAAAGCGACGGCCAUGUAUGAGAAUACGCUCGGGACACUGUCGCGUCUCAGUCCGGAUCUUAUCCUGCCAGUGUUGGUGAAAAACGUGGCCGAUCAGCUGAACAAUUCGCGCAUGUCAAACGUCACGGACGAGGAGUACUUUACCUACCUGACACCGGACGGUGAGCUGUACGAUAAGAGCGUCAUUCCGAGUUCGGACGAGCAGAUCCAAACGGCACACAUGAAGCGAGAGAACAAGGCUUAUAGCUACAAAGAACAACUGGAAGAGCUACAGUUGCGCCGCGAGUUGGAAGAGAAGCGGCGCAAGGAAGGUAAAUGGAAGCCACCGCAGCUGACACCGAAGCAGAAGGAGGUGAUCGAGAAGCAGCGCGAAAAGGAGAACGCUAUCAAGGUGCGGCUGCGGGCACUGAACGAUUCCAUCACGACACUCGUGUCCCAGAUCGAGGGCGCCGCCAAGGGUACCCCGAAGGAACUGUCGAUGUUUUUCCCCACGCUACUACCGGCCAUUCUGCGCGUGUUUUCGUCUCCCCUCGCGGCGCCGGCCAUGGUGAAGCUGUAUCUCCGGCUCAAGGACACCUGCUUUACCGGCGAUCGGGUGGAGCUGGGGCGGGAUAUUUCGAUUGCGACAAUACGGCUCAGUAAACCACAUUGCGAUCUGGAGGAGAGCUGGUGCACGGCCAACCUGGUCGAGCUGGUGAGCGACAUUCUCGUGACGCUGUACGAUGAAACGAUCGAUAUGUUCAACGUGCACCGGGAGGAGGACGGUGCCAAGGGGUACCUGCUGAACGCGCCCUCCUUCAGCUACACGUUCGAGUUCCUCAAGCGGGCCAUCACGCUGCCGGAGGCGCAACAGGAUGAAAGUUUGGUGAUCAAUGGCGUGCAGAUUAUCGCGUAUCACGCGCAGCUCAAGGGUGACACGGUCGAUGGGAAGGACUUCGAGGACCUGUACCAUCCGCUGUACAUGCCGCGGCUGGAGAUGAUAAAGCUACUGUUGCGGCUUACCCAGAGCCACCGCGGGCGGGUGCAAACGCAGGCCGUCGCCGCGCUGCUCGACGUGGCGGAGAGUAGCUCCGGCAGGGAGUACGCGGCUCGGGCGGAUCAGCGAGAAAUCGAAUGCCUGCUGAUGGCACUGCAGGACGAGCUGGAUGCGGUACGCGAUGUGGCCCUUCGGGCACUCGCCAUCAUGAUCGACGUGCUGCCCUCGAUCGCGGACGACUACGAGCUGGGGCUGCGGUUAACUCGCCGCCUGUGGGUGGCCAAGCACGACCUUUCGCAGGACACGCGCCAGCUGGCGGAGAACCUGUGGCGCGAGGGCCACUACGAACUGCCGAUCGUGAUGGGGGACGAGCUGAUGAAGGACAUUAUCCAUCCGGAACCGUGCAUCCAGAAGGCGGCCGCCGCCGCCCUGGUGACCAUCCUUACGGAAGACUCGUCGACGAUCGAGUCGGUGCUCGAGCAGCUGCUGGAGAUCUACCGUGAAAAGCUCGUCAUGAUUCCGGCCAAGCUGGAUCAGUUCGAUCGGGAGAUAGAGCCGGCCAUCGACCCGUGGGGACCGCGGCGCGGGGUCGCCAUUACGCUCAGCAACAUUGCGCCCUUCCUAACGCCCGAGCUCGUGAAGAGCCUAAUGCAGUUCAUGGUUCGCCACGGGUUGCGCGAUCGCGAGGAGAUCGUACACAAGGAGAUGCUGGCGGCGUCGCUGGCGAUCGUGGAGCACCACGGUAAGGACAGCGUUGCCUACCUGCUGCCAACGUUCGAGCACUUCCUCGACAAAGCACCGAGCCACAGCGCGUACGAUAACAUCCGCCAGGCGGUGGUCAUUCUGAUGGGCUCGCUGGCGCGCCAUCUAGAUCGGGAAGACGAACGCAUCAUGCCGAUCAUCGAGCGGUUGCUGGCCGCCCUUGCGACACCGUCGCAGCAGGUCCAGGAGGCGGUCGCCAACUGCAUCCCGCAUCUGAUCCCCGCCGCCAAAGAUCAGGCGCCCGCCAUGGUGAAGAAGCUGAUGCAGCAGCUGGUGAAGUCGGAAAAGUAUGGCGUACGGCGGGGCGCUGCGUACGGCAUUGCAGGAAUCGUCAAGGGUCUGGGCAUCCUUUCGCUCAAGCAGCUCGACAUCAUGAGCAAGCUGACGCUGCACAUCCAGGACAAGAAGAACUACAAGUGCCGCGAGGGUGCGCUUUUUGCGUUCGAGAUGUUGUGCAGCACGCUUGGCCGGCUGUUCGAGCCGUAUAUCGUGCAUGUCCUGCCUCACCUGCUGCAGUGUUUCGGCGACUCGUCGUCGUACGUGCGUGAGGCGGCGGACGAGUGUGCCAAGACGGUCAUGGCGAAGCUAUCGGCACACGGUGUGAAGCUCGUGCUUCCCUCGCUGCUGAACGCGCUGGACGAGGACUCGUGGCGCACGAAGACGGCCUCGGUCGAGCUGCUCGGUGCGAUGGCGUUCUGUGCCCCGAAGCAGCUCUCCUCCUGCCUUCCCAGCAUCGUACCCAAGCUGAUGGAGGUGCUCGGUGACUCGCACAUCCGGGUGCAGGAGGCGGGCGGUGAUGCGUUGCGUGUGAUUGGGAGUGUCAUCAAAAAUCCCGAAAUUCAAGCAAUCGUACCGGAGCUGCUGAAAGCGCUCGAGGAUCCGUCGGGUAGGACGUCGGCUAGCUUGCAGUCGCUGCUGCAGACAAAGUUCGUGCACUUCAUCGAUGCACCCUCGCUGGCGCUCAUCAUGCCGGUGGUGCAGCGCGCCUUUAUGGAUCGCUCGACCGAGACGCGCAAGAUGGCGGCGCAGAUCAUCGGCAACAUGUACUCGCUGACGGACCAGAAGGACCUAACGCCCUACCUGCCGAACAUCAUUCCCGGGCUCAAGACGUCGCUGCUCGAUCCGGUGCCGGAGGUGCGUGCCGUGUCGGCCCGUGCCCUCGGGGCGAUGGUGCGCGGGAUGGGUGAGUCGUCGUUCGAAGACCUCCUACCGUGGUUGAUGCAAACGCUCACGUCCGAGUCGAGCAGCGUCGAUCGGUCCGGCGCGGCCCAGGGUCUCUCGGAGGUGGUCGGUGGGCUCGGCGUGGAGAAACUGCACAAGCUGAUGCCGGAAAUUAUCGCCACGGCCGAGCGCACCGACAUCGCGCCACACGUCAAGGAUGGCUACAUCAUGAUGUUCAUCUACAUGCCGUCGGCCUUCCCGAACGACUUUACGCCGUACAUUGGGCAGAUCAUCAACCCGAUCCUGAAGGCGCUCGCGGACGAGAACGAGUACGUGCGCGAUACGGCGCUAAAGGCUGGCCAGCGAAUCGUCAACCUGUACGCCGAGUCGGCGAUCGCGCUGCUGCUGCCCGAGCUGGAGAAGGGCUUGUUCGACGAUAACUGGCGCAUCCGGUACAGCUCGGUGCAGCUGCUCGGCGAUCUGCUGUACAAGAUUUCGGGCGUGUCGGGCAAGAUGACGACGCAGACGGCCUCGGAGGACGACAACUUCGGUACGGAGCAGAGCCACAAGGCGAUCAUACGCAGUCUCGGAGGCGAUCGGCGAAAUCGGGUGCUGGCCGGGUUGUAUAUGGGCCGCAGCGACGUCUCGCUCAUGGUACGCCAGGCCGCCCUGCACGUGUGGAAGGUGGUUGUCACCAACACACCGCGUACGUUGCGUGAAAUCCUGCCGACACUGUUCUCCCUGCUGCUCGGUUGUUUGGCCAGCACGAGCUACGACAAGCGACAGGUGGCAGCCCGCACGCUCGGCGAUCUGGUACGCAAGCUGGGUGAGCGUGUCCUGCCGGAAAUCAUUCCGAUCCUCGAGCGUGGCCUCAACUCGGAUCAGGCCGAUCAGCGACAGGGCGUUUGCAUUGGGCUGUCGGAGAUUAUGGCAUCUACCUCGCGCGACAUGGUGCUCACGUUCGUGAACAGCCUCGUGCCGACGGUACGCAAAGCGUUAGCCGAUCCACUGCCCGAGGUGCGUCAGGCCGCAGCUAAAACUUUCGACUCACUGCACACGACGGUCGGAUCGCGUGCCCUCGAGGACAUUCUUCCUUCGAUGCUGGAAAGCCUCUCCGAUCCCGAUCCGGAUGUGGCCGAAUGGACGCUGGAUGGCUUGCGGCAGGUGAUGGCCAUCAAAUCGCGUGUCGUCCUACCCUACCUGAUUCCGCAGCUCACGGCCACCCCGGUCAACACGAAGGCACUCUCCAUUCUCGCGUCGGUGGCGGGCGAGGCACUGACCAAGUACCUGCCGAAGAUCCUGCCGGCCCUCCUAUCCGCGCUGGCCGCCGCCCAAGGCACACCGGAGGAAGUGCAAGAGCUCGAGUACUGCCAGGCGGUUAUUCUGUCCGUCAGCGACGAGGUCGGCAUCCGGACGAUCAUGGACACGGUGAUGGAGUCCACCAAAUCGGACAUACCGGACACGCGCAAAGCGGCCGCCACGCUACUGUGCGCGUUCUGUACGCACUCCCCGGGCGAUUACUCGCAAUACGUGCCGCAACUGUUGCGCGGAUUGUUGCGCCUGCUGGCCGACAGCGAUCGGGACGUGUUGCAGCGCUCGUGGGAUGCCCUGUCGGCGGUGACGAAAACGCUCGACUCGACGCAACAGAUCGCGCACGUAACGGACGUCCGGCAGGCGGUCAAGUUUGCCAGCAGCGACCUACCGAAGGGUGGCGAACUGCCCGGUUUCUGUCUGCCGAAGGGUAUCACGCCACUCCUGCCCGUAUUCCGUGAGGCGAUCCUCAACGGGCUGCCCGAGGAGAAGGAGAACGCAGCGCAAGGUUUGGGUGAGGUGAUUCAGCUGACCUCGCCGGCUUCGCUGCAACCCUCGGUGGUGCACAUCACCGGCCCGCUGAUCCGUAUCCUGGGUGAUCGGUUCAACGCCGGUGUGAAGGCAGCCGUCCUGGAAACACUCGCCAUUCUCCUGCACAAGGUGGGCAUCAUGCUGAAGCAGUUCCUGCCCCAGCUGCAGACCACCUUCCUGAAGGCACUGCACGACCCGAGCCGGGUGGUGCGUAUCAAGGCGGGCCACGCACUGGCCGAGCUCAUCCUCAUCCACACCCGCCCCGAUCCGCUGUUCGUGGAGCUGCACAACGGCAUCAAGAACGCGGACGAUGCGAGCGUUCGCGAGACGAUGCUGCAAGCGCUCCGUGGGCUGCUAACGCUGGCCGGCGAUAAGAUGACGGAACCACUGCGGAAACAGAUCUACACCACACUGUCCGGCAUGCUUGACCAUCCGGAGGACAUCUCGCGGGCUGCCGCGGCCGGAUGCUUCGGUGCGCUCGCCCGCUGGCUCGCACCGGAUCAGCUCGAGGACGCACUGGUGACGCACAUGCUCAACGAAGACUAUGGUGAUGAUGCACAGCUGCGCCAUGGUCGCACGGCCGCCCUAAUGGUAGCGCUGAAGGAGGAUCCUGCCAACGUGCUGGUGCCGAAGCACGAACCGAAGAUCUGCAAGGUAAUCACCGGCGCGAUCGUAUCGGAUAAGAUCGCGGUGGCGCAGAACGGUGUGCGGGCAGCCGGUUACCUCCUGCAGUACGGUAUGGUGGCCGACGGUGGCGGCACCACGACGGUCAAGCUGGCGACCGGUGUGAUUGCACCGUUCGUGAAAUCGAUGAACCACAGCAGCAACGAGGUGAAGCAGCUGCUCGCCAAAACCUGCAUCUAUCUGGCGCGCGUCGUACCCCCCGAGCGUACCGCACCCGAGUACCUCAAGCUCGCCAUUCCGAGCCUGGUCAACGGGACGAAGGAGAAGAACGGCUACGUCCGCUCGAACUCGGAGAUCGCGCUAGUGCACGUGCUGCGGUUGCGCGACGGCGAGGACUUUUACCAGCGCUGCGUGACCCUACUCGAGCCGGGCGCCCGUGACUCGCUGAACGAGGUCGUCAGCAAGGUCCUCCGCAAGGUGGCCCUGCAGGCGGUGGGCAAAGAGGAGGACCUGGACGACACGAUCCUCUCGUGAUCGCCACCAUUCAACGACCAACGAGGACAACGACGAAGACGACGACCACGACGACGCCGACGACGACGAUUUCACCAACGACAGUGUAAACGAUGCGGUGAACAACGACGACGCUGGGAGGAUGGCUGGUGGCAACUGUGGGAGCUCAUUACGCGAGUGCUUCGAGCACAUCAUUAUAAACAUAUGCGUUUUAUACUACCAGUACUGCUGCAACCACUACUACUACUACUACAUCUACCGUAAACUAUCAGAGCCGGAGAAUAAACACGCAAA